CUGUAUUUUCCAGAGGUGCAUGCCACAGUUGCUGUGACGCCAUGACUUCUAAUGUAAUCUGAGUCUCCAACAAAUGAGAAUGUGAGAUUUUGGGGGAACAGCAAGAACAAGAUGGCUGGCCCGGGACAAGGAAAGUGUUUGGCUUCUUCUCCCUAAACGAGGCAUUUCGUUUAUAGUUUUCAGUUUCAUUAGUAAAUGUUUAGGCUACAAAUUAGUUUUGUAACUAUAUAUUUGUUGUUGUUGAUAUGCCUACUUUUGCAAUAGUUUGAUUUAGAUCUACGCAGACGCUCACUUUCUUUAAAACAGACACUUUAAUUGUUGCCUUAUUUUUCUUUCUUAGUAAGCAAUUUACGUUUCGAAGUAUAUUUGUUGUGGAGGAAUAUAUAAAAAUAAUCAAAUGUAGUUAAUCUGUGGUUUCCCGAAAUUAUUUUGCAGUUUGAUCUUUGGCAACUGUUUUACAUAUUUUAAUGUGCGUAAAAAUUUCCUUUUUGAUAUGUGCGUCAAGCGUGACAUAAACAUAGCACUUGUUAGUGGCUAGAGACAUCAUUGAUUUAAAACUUUUCUUAAAUGUAGUUAGUCUGGCCUUUAAAAGAUUUUCAGUGAAUUGGACUAACAAUGAGCUCGACUCGGGUGAGAUCACAACAACCGCAGCAGAAUCAGGCUGGCAGGUCCGCCACGGGCGCAGCGGGUGCGUCCUUGCCGCACAGAUUGGACACAAGCGAGGGGAUUGAGAUGGAGAAUAUACAGCCCCAGGAUUUGGGGCUCGGGGGCGCCAUAGGCACACCAUCACCUCCCUCAAGACAAGCCUGGAGUCGGGACAACCCGGGGUUCGAACCGGAGGAUGAGAUGAUGGGGGCCGAUUGGCCUGCGGCUAGCCCGGGGAGAAGAUCAGUGUCCACGGGCUCCAGCAGUAGCUGCAGCAGCGGGUUGGGAAGUUACACCGCCGGAGGGAGCAGCACCCGCAUCCACGGUGGAUUAUACCCGACCCCGACAGUGGAUGCCCUGCAGCAAGACAGACAUGACAUCAAAAGCUGUGGGAAGAGGAUACUGAAGAAAAUAAGAAGUUAGUGUCACUUAUGUUGCCUCCUUGUAUGAAGAACACUACAGCUGCCAAGAGGUCUGGACCUUUAUGGCACAGGAGGUAGUGCACUUGCCCUUUAACUUGUAGAGACCUGGGUCACUGGCUCAAACACCCCUCAGGCCAUUCUUCCUCACUGUUCCAUACACCACUUAGGUCAGCACACACCUGUAGAUGCCCUCAUUGGUGAUGCACUGGCAUCUCAAGCCGAGCAUUGACGGGUAAGGAAGGAUACUAAUGUGUGUGUUGAUAUAUAUAUAUUUUUUCAUCCAGUUCUGUGGGGUACUCAGCUGAUGGAGGACAGUGACAGCAGCAGAGAGAGGUACCUGAGGAACGUCCUGAGAGAGAUGGUCACCUACGUCAUCUUCCUCAUCACACUGUGUAUCUGUAAGUACCUCACACACACACACACACACACACACACACACACACACACACACCAACGGCUGGAGAUUAAGGCAAGGCCUGGAUGGACUUAAGCACACUUUUAAUAGUUUCUCCCUAGGACUAGGCUUAAUUUGUGUCAGUCCAACAUCACAUCAGAUUUACCCACAGAGCAUGCAUUUUGGGCAUCAUAAGAGUCUUAUUGCAUAAAAAAUGUUGUCCCCACUAAGUAAACAUGCAUUAUUUAAGUAAUAAAGCCCUAAGGGUUGUAGUAUAUGGCCAAUAUACCACGGCUAAGAGCUGUUCUUACGCACGAUGCAACGCGGAGUGCCUGGACACAGCCCUUAGCCGUGGUAUAUUGGCCAUAUUUUACAAACCCCCGAGGUGCCUUAUUGCUAUUAUAAACUGAUUACCAAUGUAAUUAGAGCAGUAAAAAUACAUGUUUUAUCAUACCCGUGGUAUACGGUCUGAUAUACCACGUCUGUCAGCCAAUCAGCAUUCAGAGCUCGAACCACCCAGUUUAUAAACCAGAAUAACUAUAGGAUAGGCUAACCAAUAUAAUGACAUUGUAAUAAGGUAGUAAUAACAGUACAUACACCCAUCAAGUAUUGCACUUUUGUGCUCUCGCGUUUGUAUUUUCUUGAAAACAGAUUGAACAGUGGUAUUAUUACUAUGUAACUGCUGCUCUUAGCAAGGAGUAAUACUAACAUCUGUCUGUGUGGAUACUUUUACCCGCUGACCAGUUUUUCUUGCGGAAAAGUCAUUUUCCAAACUCCUUAGGUCUGAUAAACGAUUCUGGCAGCGUAUCAGGAAAGCUCCCUCAAGCCAGGAACUUCCAUUUGAGUUUAGUCACCAUCAUCAUACUUUUGGGAAUAGGAUUGUGGGAAGAUGAUGAAAGUCCCAGAAUACAACACAGAGAGUCAGAAUGCUAUUAAUCUGGUUUCACCACUCCUUAUACCAUGGCUGCUGAGAAGAAAAGUGUUCCCGUGCCAGAAUGGGGUUUUGGGUGGAUCAGGAAGUCAUUUCCUGGCUGGCUAGAUGGAGCUAGAUCAGCCAGUUUCUGAGCCAGGUGGGAGUCAAUGAAAUAGAGGCUCGGAAAAUAGCAUCUAUAUGAGCCAUAUAGGCUAUGUGUAUGUAUACAUGUCUGUUUAUAUAUAUUUCUAUGGAUCUGGCAGCUGUACUUCAUGGAUGCAGUCCAACAGAGCAUAUAAAACAAAUAUUACAAUGGAAUGCUGAAUAAGAUGGUUGGACGAUACUCUUCUCAUCAAUCAUCUUGAAAAACAUAUACUUAAAAACUGGAAAUCAAACAAUCCUUCAUCGUUAACAUACUACAAUAGAACGCUGAAUACGUUUUAUCCCUGUGACUUUGCUACUAGUGGAACUGUAAGCCUAUUCCCCGUACAUGGAAGCUGGUUGACCAGAUUCAUGCAUACACAGAUUUUUUGGGUUGGAACUGCUCCCCGGGCACCAAUGACAUGGAUGUCGAUUAAGGCACCCCCCCCCCCCCCCCCCCCCCCCCGCGCACCUCUCUGAUUCAGAGGGGUUUGGGUUAAAUACGGAAGACACAUUUCGGUUGAAUGCAUUCAGUUGUGCAACUGACUAGGUAUCCACUUUCCCCUAUACGUUUUCUGUUUUCAGUGGCAUCUUAAACAGGUCUUGGCCUCAGUGCGGUAGGCCAGGAUUUGGUAGCUGGUGCUAACAUGCAGUAUAACACUGGCUCUCACUGUGCCUGUUGGACCACUCAGAGAGAGAAACACAUGAUCAAGACAAAGAUGUAAUUCACAAUAUUGUUGUAUACAUUUCUUAAAAGUCUAAGCCGUUGGGACCCCUUUAGCUAUCUCCAAAAUAUUGAAUUUGGCCUUUAUUACUAUAGCCCAUAGAAACACAUUGAAUAAAACAUUCAUAAAUGGCAAAAAAUACAGUAAAAAAAUAUCUAGGAGAUAUAAGAAAGCACAGGAAAUAUAUAUAUAUAUAUUUUUUACACGUAUUUAACCCCUUACGUUUGUUGGAACAAAACUACCUCCAUACUUACAUUCAUUUGUAUGGGUUACCUUUAAACGAGUCCCGUGACACUUGUCAUAGAGCAAAACGGAGACGCCAUCGUGUUCAUGAGAGUCUCCCCUUUCUAUACAGUGGUCAAAGGAAAAUUCCACCCAAAUACUUUUGGUAUUCUUUUGGUAUUCGUUUGAUUAGUCCAUUGUUGACAUAGUCCCAAAAUGUUUUGCUUGUCAGCAAUCACAUUUUCAAGAUAUGUAACUUUCAAAAUAAAAAAAUAAUCCCAUCAUAUGACUUAAAAUGCAGCAUCAUAUCAUGCAAAAUGCAUCAUACAGGGAUGACUUCUGUAUUUUGAAAGUUACAUAUCUUGAAAACGUUAUUGCUGACAAGCAAAACAUUCUGGGACUAUGUCAACAAUGGACUAAUGAAACAAAUACCAAAAUAUAGUUUCUGGGUGGAGUUUUCCUUUAAACUGAUUGAUUUUGAUGGGGAUUUAUUUUAUUAUGUUUCUUAGAUAUAGACUCUGGGGGAUAAACACAAUAUAGGCUAAUACAACUGUAGCAUGACAAUAAUAUAUAGUAUAACGAUAGGAUAACAUUAAUGCAGUUAUUCAUUAUUUUAAACAGUGUGUAUGUAUGCAAGUAUGUAUGAAAUAAACGGUUAUUAGAAAAUGCUGAACAGGAAUGCUGUGUGUAACUAAAAAAACAGUAGAAAAUACGCCAUAAUCUCAUCCAGAGAAGCUCUUACAGUAUCUUCUGUUGUGUUUUGUAGUGACCUAUGGGAUGGUGGGCUCCAACAUGUACUACUACACCAAGGUAAUGUCCCAGCUCUUCCUGGAUACACCACUGUCCCCGGGGGACACAGCCACGUUCAGAAGCCUCUCUACUAUGGGUCAAUUUUGGAAGGUAAUGAGUCAAUGCCCGGUUUGCUAUGCUGUGGUUUAAUUUCCUGCUUUGAUUGGAAAAUAGAGUUUGGUGCUUAGUUAUGGUAUAAUAAAGAUGUCAAUGCAUUUACUUUGGCCCAUGCUCAGUUACACUAUAUAUCAAAAAGUAUGUGGACAAAUUAGUGGAUUCGGCUAUUUCAGCCACACCCGUUGCUGACAGGUGUAUAAAAUUGAGCACACAGCCAUGCAAUCUCCACAGACAAACAUUGGCAGUAGAAUGGCCUAACAGAAGAGCUCAGUGACUUUCAACGUGGCAACAUCAUAGGAUGCCACCUUUCCAACAAGUCAGUUCGUCAAAUUUCUGCCCUGCUAGAGCUGCCCCGGUCAACUGUAACUGCUGUUAUUGUGAAGUGGAAACGUCUAGGAGCAACAAAGGCAAACUCACAGAACAGGACCCCCAAGUGCUGAAGUGCGUAUCGCGUAAAAAUCAUCUCACUACCGAGUUCCAAACUGCCUCUGGAAGCAACGUCAGCACAACAACUGUUUGUCAGGAGCUUCAUGAAAUGGUUUUCCAUUGCCGAGCAGCUGCACACAAGCCUAAGAUCACCAUGCGCAAUGCCAAGUGUCGGAUGGAGUGGUGUAAAGCUUGCCGCAAUUGGAAUCUGGAGCAUUGAAAACGUGUUCUCUGGAGUGAUGAAUCACGCUUCACCAUCUGGCAGUCCGACAGAAGAAUCUGGGUUUGGCGGAUGCCAGGAGAACGCUACCUGCCCGAAUGCAUAGUGCCAACUAGAAGGAAUAAUGGUCUGGGGAUGUUUUUCAUGGUUCGGGCUAGUUCCCUUAGUUCCAGUGAAGGGAAAUCGUAACGCUACAGCAUACAAUGACAUUCUAGACGAUUCUGUGCUUCCAACUUUGUGGCAACAGUUUGGGGAAGGCCCUUUCCUGUUUCAGCAUGACAAUGCCCCCGUGCACAAAGCGAGGUCCAUACAGAAAUGGUUUGUCAAGAUCGGUGUGGAGGAACUUGACUGGCCUGCACAGAGCCCUGACCUCAACCCCAUCGAACACCUUUGGGAUGAAUUGGAACACCGACUGCGAGCCAGGCCUAAUCGCCCAACAUCAGUGCUCAGCCUCACUAAUGCUCUUGUGGCUGAAUGGAAGCCAGUCCCCACAGCAAUGUACCAACAUCUAGGGGAAAGCCUUCCCAGAAGAGUGGAGGCUGUUAUAGAAGCAAAGGGGGGACCAACUCCAUAUUAAUGCCCAUGAUUUUGGAAUGAGAUAUUCGAUGAGCAGGUGUCCGCAUACUUUGGGUCAUGUAGAGUAUAUUAAACAUAAAACCAAACAGCACACACUUAAAGUAUUUAUUCCAAAUCACAUUAACGAACACCGAAUAGAACAAUGGAGCAUCUACAUGAAUCUAGUUAGAACCUAACAGAUCAGCAGAGCUUUCAGUUGAAAUUGUCUCUGUAACCAAAGCGUGUCUCUACACCAUGCAGUUCACAGAGGGUCCCUUCCUGAACGGGAUGUACUGGGAGGUGUGGUACAACAACAAGAGUCUCCCUGAGAACCACAGUAUGAUCUACUAUGAGAACCUGCUCCUGGGGGUGCCCCGCCUCCGCCAGGUCAAAGUUCGCAACGAAUCCUGCUCCGUGCACGAGGACCUUAGAGACAAGGUGCAGGACUGCUACAACAUGUACACCCCUAGCAACGAGGACAGCGCCCCCUUUGGCCCCAAGAACGGAACUGCGUACGUCUACUAAACUACUAUAUACUACUGCUAAAUGUACAGUAUAGUUAAAUGGUAACGUAUAAGAAAGCAACCAUAAAGCUACAAUUGGUUGUAAUGCAGGAAACUUAAACCAAAGCAAAAGUUGCAACAUGUGCUCUAGUGUUAAGUGAAAGCACAAUAUGGAUGCUGUCCACCAGAUUAAAGCAUGGCAUAUAAAGUCACUCACUUAUACCAGACCAAACUGUUUCACUGUGGCUCUAUGAGGAGUCUGACUGUUUGUCUGUCUUUCCACCAGGUGGGUGUACACAGAGGAGAACAGCCUGAAUGGGAGUAGUUACUGGGGCCAGGUGGCUACCUACGGUGGAGGGGGGUACUACCAGGACCUGUCCCGUUCCAGAGAGGAGUCAGCCAGCCAGCUACGCUCCCUCAAACACCAGCUGUGGCUGGACAGAGGAACCAGAGCCGUCUUCCUGGACUUCUCUGUCUACAACGGCAACAUCAACCUCUUCUGUAUCGCCAGGUACAGAGCCCAGAGUUAUUACAUACUUAUUACAUGUGACUUAGGACUGUUUCACACUGGUUAUAUAGGUGAUAUAUAGGUUAAAUUCAGGCUCUCAAGACAUCCAUGGUUGGGAUCAAUGACUCAUGCAAUCCAAUGGGAGUUCUCUAGCUACCAUCCUCAUCCACAAGCUGGUGUCAUUGAACCUCGAUUUUCACCCUAGAGAGGCUGAAUACUGAAUAUCUCUUGUUCAUUCAGUUUAACCUGUGUCGUGGAAAUUCUACACAGGGACACUCGAUGUCAAUCUUAAAUGAAUCAUUGUUUAUUAUCAGCGCGCAGGAGAGGUUCCAACCAACUCAAUGCACCAAGUACACAUGUUGAUCAGGAGCUCUACCCAGGGCAGUCCCGUUAGUUAUCUUAUAUACAGACAAGUUAUAUUUGCAUGAUUUAGCUUAUUCAUCAUUCAUAAUUAAUUCAUCAUUAACGUUUGCUUCAUUCAUGUGACCGACCAAUACUGGGUCAUGCAUGUGACAGACCAAUACCUCACGAGGCUUUUUCUCUCUAAGCUGAGACCUUGAAACUGAGAUAUCCCUUUCGCAAAACAAGGUUUUGGGCGUACUGCAAAAUUGCAGAUACUGAUAGUGAGGAUUCGUUCAAUCAGUCACUUGCAUGAACACAGAAAUUGGUUAUUAGAAAAGCACAAACAUAACAUUUUCCAUCACACCUGUCUGCUUAACUGCGGGGAGAAAUAAAAUUGACUUUAAUUGAAUGUUUCAGGUUGUUGGUGGAGUUCCCCGCUACAGGAGGCGUAGUCACUUCCUGGCAGUUUCAAACAGUGCGUCUGAUUCGCUACGUGUCCAGCUGGGACUACUUUGUCGGGGUGUGUGAGGUGGCCUUCUGCCUCUUCAUCCUGUACUACGUGGUGGAGGAGGCCCUGGAGAUACGCAUCCACCGCCUGCGCUACUUCAAGAGCGUGUGGAACUGCCUGGACGUCCUCAUCGUUGUGGUACGUAAUACAAGAUGGCUGCCGUAGCAGGGAGUAGGAAGUGAUGGAGUCUUCCUGAAACACCCAAGUAAAGAAGGGCUCUGUUCCAAUAUCCACAGUAGAAUACUACUUAGAACGAGGUAGUGAAAGGAACAUGCAUUCUAAAUGGUAGGCUAGUAUAGACAUUGGAACAAAGUGAAGAGGUUUAUGAUCCCAAUAUUGUUGUGUUGAGAUUCCAAAUGUCCCCCUCUUCUUUUUCCAGUUGAGUGUUUCUGCCAUAAUCAUCAACAUCACCAGAACGUCUGUGGUGAGCAAUCGUCUCAAAGACCUUCUGGAGAACCACAGCGCCCACCCCAGCUUCGAGCCUCUGGCACACCUCCAGGUUACGUUCAACAACAUGGCUGCAGUCAUCGUCUUCUUCUCCUGGGUGAAGGUAAGAAUGGCUUUAUGGUAGAUUGACAUGCUGAAUGUAGCGAUUGAGUGGGAAUUGACCAGGAGCAGGCCUUGAACCAGGCACUCUGCAGUUGGUUACAGGAUGAGAGUACUACUACCUGUGCCAUAAAGGUCCAGACCUCUUGGCAGAAGCUGAAGUAUGGUCCCAUAAAGGGAGACCACAUUAGCAUGAUUUUAAUAAAUAAUAAAUAAAUAAUACAUUGUAUUUAUAUAACACUUUUCAAAGACCCAAAGACGCUUGAAUUCUAACCUGGUUUCUGCUCAUCUCUCCUCUUCAGCUCUUCAAGUUCAUCAACUUCAACAAGACCAUGAGCCAGCUGUCCACCACCAUGUCUCGCUGUGCCAAGGACCUCAUCGGCUUCGCCAUCAUGUUCUUCAUCAUCUUCCUGGCCUACGCUCAGCUGGCCUACCUGGUGUUUGGCACCCAGGUCAACGACUUCAGUACCUUCCAAGCCUGCAUGUAAGUAACAGUGGUUUGAUUGGAAUCAACCCAGCUUCCAAGAUUCUCAGUUCUUUUGGUUCUCCAUAGACAACCAGGGCUCCCAGAUUGAUUCCAAUGUUGUUUGGAAUUUGACCCAUUGGAACUGUAAUGGUAACGCACCCCUAUAGCUUAACCUUAGCCUCUUCAUAUCUUCUUAUUUUCCUUGUAGUUUUACCCAGUUCCGCAUCAUCCUGGGAGACUUUGAGUUCUCAGAGAUAGAGGAGGCUAACCCAGUCCUGGGACCCGUCUACUUCACCACCUUCAUCUUCUUCAUCUUCUUCAUCCUCAUGGUGAGUUUUGAUAUACUACCAUUGAUAAAUAUGUGGAUAUAUUGAUAUAUAUUGAUAUUGUACUAUUUGAUCUACAGUGUCUAGAGAGAUUAAAGUUUGCUCCGACUGCCGUUUGUCUCCCUGUAGAAUAUGUUCCUGGCCAUCAUCAAUGACACCUACUCUGAGGUGAAGGCAGACAUGUCCCAGCAGAGGUCUGAGAUGGAGAUGACGGACCUCAUUAAAAAGGUACGGGACCCAAAUGGUAUGUGGUGUGUUAUUUGUUCUAGUAGGCGUAUGUGAUGCCUUAACGCGUCAACUGCAAGCUGACUUGUAUCCUAGAAAAUGCAUAUUUAAGAUUCAAUGAAGUAAAGACUUAAAUUGAAAAGCAGACUCAAGUUAAUGUAAGUUUACGUUACUGUUGAAUAUUAUCAACAUGUACUGAAUAACUGCUAAAUGCAGAAUGAAAAUGGCAACAACAUUUACCUCAUAGUGUUGAUAGGUGUCCUUGAGUUUGUCUGAGUGUUGUUCCUCUCCCUGCAGGGCUGUAACAAAGCCUUGAUGAAGCUGAGACUGAAGAAGACCACUGUGGAUGACAUCUCAGACAGUCUGCGCCAGGCCGGGGGGAAACUCAAUUUCGAAGAGCUCCGCCAGGACCUCAAAGGGUGACCGCUGCAGUGAAUGAAACCGAACUGGGCCCUAAUGAAACCUCAACUAAUUAAUUCAUAAACGUACAUUAUUUAAUUAAUUUAUACAUACAUAUGAAGAAAGUGUGUUGAUGUUUGUGUGUUUAGAAAGGGCCACACGAAUGCAGAGAUUGAGGCCAUCUUUGCCAAGUACGACCAUGAUGGGGACCAGGAGCUGACUGAGCACGAACACCAGCAGAUGAGGGAUGACCUGGAGAAAGAGAGAGUGAGUGGAUGCAAACACACACACACACACACACACACACACAGGGCAAUGAGCUGCGCGCACACACACACCCGUUUGCAGAUGUUCAGUGUGUCUCUGCACACAUGCCAGGAGGACUUGGAUCUGGAGCGCAGCUCGAUGCCCAGACCCACCAGUGGGCGGAGCUUCCCCCGUAGCCAUGACGACUCAGAGGAGGAUGACGACGAGGACAGUGGUCAUAGCUCCCGUCGCCGCGGCAGCAGCUCAGGAGGCGUGUCCUACGAAGAAUUUCAAGUGUAGGUUGAAUUCUAUUACCACCCAAACAUGCUAGUGCUGGGCCUUGAAGUGGAAAUAUUGGGCUUUUGAAGGGUCCUCUGUGUGUUUCUGACAGAGGAUGUAUCUGGUAUUUAAAUGUUUAAAAUCAUGUGUCAUAACUAUGGAUUUAGCAUGAUAUAGCAUGUUAUAUAAAGGUGUUAUUGACAUUGUUGUUGUGUUCUAUUCCAGGCUGGUGCGUCGCGUGGACCGGAUGGAGCACUCCAUAGGUAGUAUAGUCUCUAAGAUCGAUGCAGUGAUUGUGAAGCUGGAGGCCAUGGAGAGAGCUAAGCUCAAGAGGAGAGACGUACUGGGAAAACUGCUGGAUGGGGUGCUGGAGGUGAGGCGGAAUGUACAUGGUAGCACACACACACAUGCCCAUCUCUCCCACUCCAAACAUUUAUGUAAAAUCUUUCCUUCCCCUCUCUUUCUAUCCAUCUCUCUCUCGUCCCAACAUCUCCCUUCUCCCUUUUGUUUCCCCUCUCUCUCUUUCAAUCUCUCCCUCUCUUUCCUUAUACCCCCCCCCCCCAGGAUGAGAGGCAGGGACGGGACAUGGACGUCCACAGAGAGCAGAUGGAGCGGCUGGUGAGGGAGGAGCUAGAGCGCUGGGAGUCUGACGACACUGUCUCACAGGUCAGCCACCACCAGCCCACCACUGCCAUUGGUCCAGGAGCCCAACCACGCCCCCGCAGCGCCCGCCCCUCCUCCUCCCUGUCUACUGACGGGGUGGAUGCUGGGGGUAAUGGGAGUGGCCACGUGUGAAACUCCACCCACCAGAUAGUUACACGGUAACGAGAAAGGGACAUUCCAGUAUUUUUGCAGGUUCUAAGCGCCGAAUCCUUACUUGAGAUGUGUGCAUGCAACUUCAAUUUCCACCAAAUGUUCCCAUUGACGUCAAUGGAAGAUUAUCAUGGAAGUCCGAGUUAUGCAAGCAAAUUUUAAGUAAGGAUUAUGACCUAUCAGACAGUAACCAAAACCGCUAAGGGUAACUUUAAGGGACAUUUUGUGAGGUUGGAGGUUCUAUCUGCAUUGUAUUCAUUGGUUGUGACACAAUAGGUUGUCUCACAAAUGAAGAUAUCCUUGUGUACAUGUCCUUUCUGGUUGUGUUCUACUAUGAUGAUGGUACAUUAUAUACCGGUACACAGGCCCAUCAUCACCCCUCUGUAUUUGUUUGAAAUCUUUACACAUGAUACCACAAUGGCAAAGUCACAUGCACGGCACCUCAGCUAUCCAAGAGUGUCAGUGAGGCUCACCAUGUAGACUCAUAAGGUCUGAAAACAUUCCUAUGUACCCCAUCUAUAAGAUGGUACAUGCUUUAAGGCAAGCAAAAUAUGACCUGAUACAUUUACAAAGCUUACAGUGCAAGAAUGUAGCAUUUAAAAAGAAGGGUGAAUAUAAUGAAAAGUUGGGUACAUGAAGAUGCUGGACACAAUGAAGGAUUUGAUUAUAUCGGAGAUAUUACAUGGGAUGUAAUGAACUAGCCUCUAAGCUAUUUCAAUUUUGUUUAUAUUCUAAGAAUACAUGGCAUAUCAUUGCUUUUCCUGUGCGGGUACGAAGCUCAAAGGCUUUUGGUUUUGAUAACACGGUAUAUGCACGCACGCACAUCUUGAUAUUCCACAGGAAAAAAAUGUGUCUCUUCGAUCGUUCAUUUGCUGCUUUCCUUUUUGUCAUUUUAAUAUAGUUACAAGUGUGGCUCAUCCUGUCAUAAUUACUCAUCUAUAUCACUUCGUAAUGACUUACAAAACACCUUCUUUAUAAACGUAUAAUAUGGUACGUAUUGUAACUUGAAACAAACUUCGAUUCGGAGUGCAUCUAGGGUCAUGUGAUCCUCGUGUGUAUUAUUAUGUAUGUAUUUUGUAGUCUAUUAUUUAGUAAUGUUUUGCGGUUACAUACUGUAUAUCAAAGGUGUGAAAAAUAAAGAAAGUGUAUUGUGACGCUAAACGAUGAAGUGG